UAAUCUUCUCUAGCAAUACAACAUGCAUGAGGCCAAGCCUAUGCCCACCCCUCUUGUUGCUUCCACUUCAUUGCAUCUUGGUUCUGGUUCACCUCUUUUUGAUGGUUCUAGUUAUUGGCGGCUUCUUGGCUUCAUGCAGUAUCUUGCUCUCACUUGUCCGGAUCUCUACUUUGCUGUGAAUAAGCUGUCUCAAUUUAUGCAUCAGCCCACUGACGCUCACUGGCAGUUGGCUAAACGUGUUCUUUGCUACUUGCAAGGGACCGACUUUCAUGGGUUGUUGUUACGGCCUCAACUUGCUCUAUCCUUGCAUGCCUACUCCGAUGCUGAUUGGGCUAGCAAUCAUUCUAAUUGUGUUAGUACCACUGAUUAUUUGGUCGUUCAAGGCUCUAAUCCCAUUUCUUGGCACACUACCAAACAGAAGGCAGUCGCUUGGAGCUCCACAAAGGUUGAAUAUCACGCCUUAGCAUCUACUGCUUCUGAACUAGUUUGGGUUCACAAUCUACUAUUGGAACUUGGAGUUUCUGGUAUUGGCUCUCUUGCUCUCUUUUGUGAUAACAUUGGUGCCACUUACUUGAGUCUCAAUCCCGUUCUACACUCUUGUAUGAAACACAUCGCUGUUGAUUUACACUUCGUUCGGGAUCUAGUCAAUCAGAAAAUCCUUCAUGUUUCACACAUUUCUUCUCAUGAUCAACUCGCUGAUAGCCUUACCAAGGCUUUGUCCACUUCUCACUUUUCUAGUUUGCAUUCCAAGAUUGGUGUUGCUAAUAACACCUCCAUCUUGCGAGGCUUGAGCAAGCAUUUGUACGACUUCUCUCAUGGUGGGUCCUUCAACGCCGCGUUCUUGAACGCAUAGCAUUGCCACAAGGAAAUGUACAUCAAUUUGUUGUAUCUUAAACUAAGUUUUCUUCUUUUGUAGGCAUUUGGACUGUUGCUAUAAAAUACAACUAAGAUUAGCUAGUCUUAAUCAAAUGCAGGGGGGAAAUUGGACAAUGGAAAGCUUAAAAGAUGUCAAUUUCGCUUUCAUAAUCAAUAUGACAAGUCAUU